AUGAAGCUGCAGUCGAUCGCGUCGCUCACCGACCGACUCGCAACCACCCAGAGCGCCGUGACCGCCUGUGAGACCGCGUCGGAUCUUCAUAUGGAAGAAAUCAAAGAUCUCACGGCCAAAGUCAAGCGGGCCGAUGAGUUGGCCCAAAUGGCCGAGACGAAGCUCUUGGAAGAGGCGCGUACAUGUGUGAAGGCUCAGCAAGCACUCACCGAGUACAAACGACAGCACAUUGCAGCUCUCGCACAGGAAGUUGAGAGACGUGAGAGCGUGGAAAAAGAGGUCAGCGUUCACAAGGCCGCGCAGGCUACCAUGUCAGCCGAGCUGCGCGAGCACCAAGAAGCCGUCGAUCUGCUGAAGUCAGAACUCGCAAGAGAGAUUGCACGUGGCCUCUCUCUGCAACAAGAUGUCAUUAAAUAUCGCGACGACGUCGGCGAGAUGCUAGCCUCCUACGAGCAUCUUAAAGACGAGCACAAGGCGUUAAACUACCUAGCAGCGCGCAGCAACGACCUUGGCGAGAUGCGUCCAGAGCUCAAAGCUGCGCUUGCCAAGGCCCGCUCCGUCAUUCGCGUGCCUGAAGACGUCGCUGCCGCUGUUGCUCAAGGCAAGAACGCGCUACUACAGUCACACGAAAACAUUCGCUCCAACGUCGCGCCGAUCGUCGGUGACUCGCAUGCGACAUCUGCAACCGUCGUCGUCGUUGGCGUGCUCAUGGCACCACCUAUAUACGUCGUCGCGAUUUUUGUCCGCAGCCUCCAGCGUCGCAUCCAAGCGCAACACGUCGUCCUUGUCCUCAAUUUCCUCGCCAUGUGCUUCUUUGGGGCUGUUGGUGCGUCGUCCGUCGUGCUUGAUACGGACGUUUUUCGCAGUCUCCAGACGAGCAGCCCCAGCGGCUACAUCCUCUUGCAGCUCCUAAUGCUUGGAUUCUUCCUUGUGCACUCUGGCACAAGUGUCCUCUUCCUCUUUUGCGCAGCACCGAUCAAGGUUCAAGUUGCGGGUGCCGUGCACGUCUUGGUCUCCCUGGGUGUCGUCGUGCACUAUUAUGAGCACAUUUGGGCCAAGGCAAUGCUGGAUAUGGACCACCCGGUGCACGCUGGUACAUUCUUUGCCUACGCCUUUGUGUACCUCCUUGGUCUCGGACCAGCACUUCUUGCUGCGGCUUACGAGAAGGUGCGCGACGCCAAGCGGUCCUAG